GUUAGCAGAGGUCGCUGUAGUGAAGCAUGGAGCUGCCCGGGCUUCUGCUGUUGGUGACCGGCUUUCUGCGCUCAAACUGCGCCGCAGGUGUAGGACAGUGUAGUCUGGAGGAGUUUCCUUGCACUGCAGACGGGGUCCACCAUCCUUCCUCUUCCAGCUGUGUGUCUCUCUCCGUGGUGUGUGACGGCCAGCCGGACUGUCAGAAUGGAGCCGAUGAGCGACCGGAGAAAUGUGGAGGAGCAAAACCAAAGUCCUGCCGCAGCUCUGAGUUUAGCUGCUCUAACGGGCGGUGCGUGCCACACUCAUGGAGAUGUGACCACUACAGAGACUGUGAGGAUGGCAGUGAUGAAGACAACUGCAGUCAGAAUGAGUGUGAGGUGAAUAACGGCGGCUGUUCUCACAUCUGUCUGGAUCGGCCACUGGGCUUCGUGUGCGAUUGCCCCCCCGGCAUGCGGCUGCUGCAGGACACUCACUGUGAAGAGGUGGAUCCCUGUCUGGACGCCGAUGUGUGUGAUCAGCUGUGUGUCCAGUCUAGCGGCUCUCUUACAUGUGGGUGUGAGGAGGGGUACCAGGAGACGUCAGAGAGUGGGCGGUGCCUGUCCACAGGUGAUGCUACAGGUCUGGUUUUCUCCAGCAGUGCAGAGAUUGGCUGGAUGAGCAGCUCCGGCUCAGAUCAGAGGAAAAUCUCAGACAGUACAGGAGCUGCUGGGCCUUUAGCAGCAUCCAUAGCAAAUGGUGCCAUCUACUGGAGCAACCCUGAGCACACAGGAGUCUACAGGUUGUCUCUGGCUGAUGGAGAUCAGACGCCUGCCGUGCUGUUUGAAGGCACCAGAGGAAUUGUGGGAUUGGCUGUGGACUGGGUGCAUGAGCUUCUGUACUGGACCAGCAAUCACACUCGAGCUUUACACGUCUCCUCUCUGAACGGAUCAGAACAGCACGGAGCGCUAAUCACCGGACUGACCCAACCAGCCGCUGUCGCUGUUCAGCCUCUGCUGCGGCUGCUUUUCUGGGCAGAUGGUGGGGUUUCACCCAGGAUUGAGUGCUCCAGUCUUGAUGGAAUGGACAGAAAAGCCCUGGUUACCUCAAUAAUCCGCAACCCGGUCUCCAUCUCUUUAGAUAUCCCGCGUGGGCUGCUGUACUGGGCGGACUCAGGGCUCCACACCAUAUCGCGGAUCAGAUACGACGGGCAGCAUCGUAAGAUGGUGGUGGAAUCAAACGGUUAUCUGGAUGAGCCGUUUGGACUGGCGGUAUUCGAGGAUCGUGUGUACUGGAGUGACCACUUGACCGGCUCGAUCUGUAGCGCAGAUAAACAUAAUGGGAGGUCGCUGAGAGUGACUCAGAACGCUGGGACACGUUCCCCUGCAGGACUGCUGAUCUACCACCCACUCAUCCAGCCCACGGGUGCGGUGUUGUCUCCGCCUGAGCCUGACGCCGAUACUGCCGACUCCCCCUGGAUUCUCUCUCUGAUUGUUUUUCUCUGCGUUCUGCUGGCAGUUCUCCUGCUGUGCUGGAGGAGAUCAGAUACGGCUGCUUCUUCCUCGCUUCCCAGCUUUGGGGACGCCGCACUGAAGGAGUCGCAGGAUCCCCUCGUCCCGUCUGCACACACCCACACACAAACAGAUAAAAACGGCGCAUGCAUCGAUUUAUCGCUCUGACACAAGAAAGGAGGAAAUGGACUUGAGCUGCUGUGGCUUUUGGAAAGAGUGUGUCCAGCCGUGUGACGUGUUUUUCGUGACCCUCCCGAAUGACUCGACGCUCGCUCCUGAAAAAAAGGCCUUGUAAAGGUUCUGGAUCUGGAAAAAGAUGUGGGCGGAGCCCUAAAAUGACCAGAACAGUUUAAUUUAUGAUUCACAAACUCACUUUAGAGUUUCUGUAGACGAUUCUUCUCCAUCUGACUCAGAGUCGUUUCUGUAGACGAGUCUUUUGUGAACAUAAGUAGCUUCUACCGUCUUUAUUUGACUCCUUUUUUCUAGAAUGAAUCUGAGUCACUUAGGUAAAGAAUCAUUUGCUGAAGUUAAUGAUGAAUCUGAAUUGGUCAAACAAAUCUUUUACUUCAUUAGGGUCACCAACCUUGUAUCUACUCUCACUGUCCACUUUAUCAGCUCCGCUGGCCGUACUGUCUCACACUGUAGUUCUACAGUUACAGACUGUAGUCCAUCUGUUUCUCUGAUACUCUGUUACCCUGUUCUUCAGUGGUCAGG